AUGACUCGAUCAAAGAAUGCCGCAAAGCGGAAAACAGGCAAGCCCGCUGCGGUUGCUCCAGCAAGCGCUACGGCAGGUGCCGGUCCCUCAAAACCUGUGGAUGUAGCUAGUCUGCUCGAUAAGGCGCACACUCUUCUCGCUCAGUCCAACUUUGAGCUCGCGAUUAAGUUUCUGAACCGGGCAGUCGAGUGUGAGCCGGACAACCUUGAAGUGCGAGAAGUCCUCGGUGUGGCGGAGCUGGAAGGUGGAGAUGAGGAAGUUGGAAGAGACCACCUGCUCCACCUCUUCCCUCCCCACACGCCAUCCCCGCCCACAAACCCUUCGCCAUAUCUCUACCUCGCGCAAACAGCUGGUGACCCCCACGAGGCGCUGGGCUACUACAGUACCGCGGCGGCUAUGAUUGAGAAUACGCUGGGACCUGCAAGUACCGAUGCGAGCUCGGGCGAAUUCGAUGGAGGGGAAGGCGAGAUGAGGGCGAUGGGCGUGAGGGCGUUGGUGGCUAUGAUUGAAAUAUGGAUGUCAGACCUCUGCAUGGAACCAGCAGCUGAGGACAAUUGCUCCACGCUCAUCACACGCGCAACGACAAUGGCACCGGUGGACGCUGAGGUCCAGCUCACGUUGGCAAGUAUCCGGAUGAGCCAGAGCCGGGUGGAUGAGGCGAAGCAGGUCGUCGAGGGUGUUUACGACAGAAUAAGAGAGCUGGAAGCAUUCUCGCCAUCACUACCAUCAUACCCUACCCGCCUCGCCCUCGCUCGACAACUGCUCGAACAUAAUCUCCACCUCUUCGCACUCGAUAUCCUCCUCACCGCCCGAGAAGAAGACAGCCUCGAGGUCGAGAGCGCCUAUCUGGAAGGAUGGGCAUACUACCUCCGUGCCAAAGCUCUCGAGGAGGGCACCGUCACCGCCACGCCCGACGCGGAGAAGAACAAGUCGGAAGAAACGGAAGGAGAGGACGACAAGGAUCUGGAGGACCUCUCUGCGGCGGAGUGCAUGUCAGAGUCGUUCCGCGCUCUCAUUGAGUGCGCGCAGCUGUUUGAGGAUCAGGAGUAUCCGGACGAGGGGAUUGGAGGGCAUGUAGGGGAGCUGCUGGAUGAGCUGAAGGAGCGGGGGGUCGUGCCUGCUAUUGUGGAAGCCGGGGAGGAUGAUGGGGAGGGGGGUGAGGGAUGGGAGGAUGUGGAGAUGAAGUAG